UCUGGCCAGCUCCUGCUCCUUUCUUUUAUGUCUCAUGCUUAUUCUCCUUACACUCUCAUAAAGUAUUUCCUUUCAUUACCUAUUUGAACUUUUAAUUGUCUUUGUCCCUCGUUUGAACUUGUUCUGCUAUAGCUUAUUUCCAUGGCACGCCAAAAGCAGGCAACGCCCUUGCAACGGGCGACUUCCUCUGAAUUAAUGCACAUGCCCCCGGAGGGAUCUGCUUCACAAACAAAGCAACAGAAUGGCAGCGCGAAGGAACCCGUCGCCAAUGGCAAUGCGUCCAAGCAACAAGCGGCGCAUGGAGCUGCUUUAGAGACUCCAGGUUUGACGCAACUUGCGAUUUGUGUCCUGGGAAUCUAUGCGUCGUUUCUCUCUUGGGGUGUCCUUCAAGAAGCAAUCACUACGGUCUCAUACCCCGUCCAUCCUCCAACCGCAGCUGAACCAGAACCUCCUACCGAGCGCUUCACCUAUUCGAUUGUCCUGAACACGAUUCAGUCCUCAUUUGCUGCUAUCACUGGCUUCCUGUACCUUCUUUUCUCUACGCCAUCUGGCCAGAAGGUUCCAUCUAUCUUUCCGACCAGAAACAUAUUGUUCCCCUUGCUCCUCGUCAGCAUUUCCUCGUCGCUCGCAUCGCCAUUUGGAUACGCCAGUCUGUCGCAUAUCGACUAUCUGACCUUCAUCCUUGCGAAAUCAUGCAAGCUGCUUCCUGUGAUGUUUCUGCAUCUGACGAUUUUCCGGAAAAGGUAUCCCUUGUAUAAAUACGGUGUCGUUCUUCUCGUCACCCUCGGUGUCGCAACUUUCACCCUCCACCACCCAGGCACAAGCAAGAAGGUCGCUGCAUCAGCCGUGAAGAACCAGUCGGGCUCGUCCAUGUGGGGAAUCUUCCUCCUUUCUAUCAAUCUUCUCUUGGAUGGCCUCACGAACACUACUCAAGACCAUGUCUUCAGCUCCCCACAAACCUACACGCGCUUCACGGGUCCGCAGAUGAUGGUGGCCCAGAAUGUUCUCUCUACUUUCCUGACCACCACGUAUCUCCUCGUGAUGCCCCAUCUGUCGUCCACCGGCAUUUUGCAUGCUAUUCUUCCCGUUCCCAUCCCCCCGUCUACUGAGACAGAAUUAACGUCCGCCAUUUCCUUCCUCUCUAGGCACCCGGAGGCUCUGAAGCAUGUAUUGGGCUUCGCAGCUUGCGGUGCAGUUGGGCAGCUGUUCAUCUUCUAUACCCUCUCCCGCUUCUCGUCUCUGCUCCUGGUGACUGUGACUGUUACACGGAAGAUGCUGACCAUGCUCCUGAGUGUCUUCUGGUUCGGCCACUCCUUAUCUGCCGGACAGUGGCUAGGUGUGGGCCUUGUCUUCGGCGGUAUCGGCGCAGAAGCACUGGUACAGAGACAGGAGAAGAAAGCGAAGGAGCGGGCGAAGGCCGCAAAACGCCAGUAGAACGUUGUGUAGCUCAUGUAUAUAGACUUGUUUUGAUAAUUACAUCUCGG